CCCCAAUCCCCAACCCCUUAAACAAAAAUAUCCCCAAUUUCAAAAAUUCCCAAAAUACUCUCUUUCUCUAUCGACUGCAAGCAGCGGCAAGGGGGGACGACGGCGGGCAACGAGGUGGAGGUCAUCCGAAUGGUUGGGGAAAGUACAGAAGCUGUUGGUGCUGGUGUUGGAGGGGGAUCUAGUGGCAAUAAGAUGCCGACACUGGAGGAGUAUGGCACUAAUUUGACAAAAAUGGCAGAAGAGGGUAAACUGGAUCCAGUUGUUGGAAGGCAGCCGGAAAUAGAACGUGUGACUCAAAUUUUGGGUCGACGGACGAAAAAUAACCCCUGCCUUAUCGGAGAACCUGGUGUGGGGAAAACCGUUGUUGCAGAAGGCCUCGCGCAACGAAUUGCAAAUGGUGAUGUUCCAGAAACAAUUGAGGGGAAGAAGGGUGGUUGCUUUGUGAUUUUUGUGAAGGGCAGAAAACCAAUGUGAAAGCUGCUAACAAUCGGAUCUAUCGUCGGUGUCCAUCUUGUAGAGCUAUUGGAUACAUCCUGUGUUCGAAGUGCAAAGUUUUCAAAUGCGUUACCUUUCCUAAUUAUAGUGACGGUGAGGAUGUAGCCUUUUAAGUCUACUGUUGGAUGCGACUGGCAUUCAACUAUUCUCCUGUUGGAUGCAGCAG